AUGGUUCGUCUUAAGCACCGUUACAUUCUUUUUGAUAUACUAUAUCCCCCUGUUUCCAUUCCCCGAACCGGAACUCAAAAGGAGAAGUUCCGCGACUUCUGCGAUACUCCCAAAGACACUCUUCUAGCACUACACGCCUCAUCACCAGCUUCCAUAAACUCCAAAACAAUCGCCAAUAUACUCAAAAAUGUUGUUCAUGACCACUUUGGUGAAAUAAGUGCAGGCGGAGUUGGCCUGCUGAUAAUUGUCAAAUACUUCAGUAAUAAAACCUCUACAGGCAUAAUACGAUGCAACCGUCAAGACUUUGAACAGGUUAUGGCUGCAAUUGCGCUUGUGACGAAGGUGGACGCUUACGAUGUUGUUAUGAGGUGUGUCCAUGUUAGUGGAACCAUCAAGAAAUGUGAGCAGUUCUCGAUCAGGAGAAACAGACAGUUGAUCAUCGACCUAGGGCGUGAUAAGGAGAUGGAGUCUGGGCUCAACGAGUUUGUGGCUAUGUUCAAGAAAGAUGAAGCGGAGGAAGAUGAGGAUUAG